AUGUUAUCAACACUCUAUUCCUUGGCCUUCUCCUCCACACGACGAAAGCAUCUAUCAAGAACAGCCCGACUUAGCUUCGUUGUCAGCGAGGUACAUGGUUGGGUGAAUUUCGCAGAAUGGAAGGAAGAGAAGCCAAUGAAGGUCGUCAGCGACCAAUCAAGAACCAAAAUGGGGGAGCAGUACCCAUUAUCCAAGCUGCUUGAGGUCUUGCUUGUGCAGGAACUAGCGGGCCGGGUGCGUAGAUCAGAGGUGAUCAUUAACAUGAUGAACCCUGCUGGGCAAAGAGGGUUGGAUCUCGAACGCUAUGCUGAGGGGCGCCAAGCCCGUGAGAAACUAUGGGCUGAGCUGUCGUCGAUCCUUGAGGGUGUUGAUCCUGGGGUUAUGCAGAAUGUCUGA